AUGAAACGAGAGAAAGAGAGAGAGAGAGGAGAGAGAUGAAUUGAUGAUGAGAGUGUUGUGGCAUUUGAACACGCAGGGUGGGGACUGAAUCAAAUCCUAGAUACCCGAAAAGGAUCACGAAAUAUCUGUGACCCGAUUCUCUCUUUCUCUCUCUCUCUCUCUCUCUCUCUCUCUCUCUCUGGGUUUUCUAAAAUUCCUCGCCCACCAACCACCUUCGAAUUCAUGUCCAUUUACUCUCUCUGUCUUCUCUGCAUAUACAUACAUGUCUAAUAUAUAGAUACACUCUCACACACCAUAUCCUUACCUUCAUACAACUCUUGUGACUUCCAACAUAUGUUUCUCUCUGCUUUUCUCUCUUCAUUUAUACACGUCUUGUCACCCAACCCUUUUGUUUUUCCCUUCGUCCUCUUCUUCUAUACAAUUAAUAUUAUUGCAGUCUCCUUUAUUAAUUGCUUCCAACUCUGUUCAUUUGUUUACCUUUCUGCAUUUUCUGCAUCUCUCUAUGUUGUUAGUAUUACUGUAAUACUAACAUUUACUACUCACUAGAGAGCAAAACGGGGACACAGUACCAUUCAUUCCUCUGCUUAUUUAUUACAACUAUCUCCAACGCACCACCAACAACAUCAACGCAUGGCUGCACCUUCUUCUUCAAAUUGGGUCAUGGAAACUGCUCACGAUGUUCCUCAUGUUUUGGCCGUCGACGACAACCUUAUUGAUCGAAAACUCGUUGAGAAACUCCUCAGGAAUUCCUCUUGCAAAGUUACAACUGCAGAAAAUGGGCCAAGGGCAUUGGAGUUAUUGGGCUUGACAAGUGGUGGACAGAACAGCAUGAACGGUAGAUCCAAAGUAAAUUUGGUAAUCACAGACUAUUGCAUGCCAGGAAUGACAGGCUAUGAGCUACUUAAGAAAAUUAAGGAAUCAUCUGUAAUGAAGGAGGUUCCUGUAGUGAUAAUGUCUUCUGAGAACAUACCGACACGGAUUAACAAGUGUCUGGAAGAAGGAGCUCAGAUGUUCAUCUUAAAGCCCCUCAAACAAUCUGAUGUAAAGAAACUGACAUGUCAGUUAAUGAAUUGAGAAAGUGAAAUUUGACUUUAAGAAAGUCUAGGCAAGAACACAACUCUGAGAUCUGUGGUCUGGUUGUGGGCAGAAGAACUCCAGAACCCAGAAUUUAUCAUUGCCGUCUACUGCUAAAAUAUAUAGGCCUUAACCAGAAUGUUACCCUCUAAUAGUGGUACUAGUUUAGGUGUAGGAAUGCAUUUCAUUGUUUUGAACAUGCUUUACUUUCUCCACUCUUUCUUGUAUUGACCUACACAUUCCAAUUUAUUAAAUUUCCUAGAAUAUAUA